UUUGCAGCAAAUGCUUCACGAACAUCAUGCAUUGGUCAAGCUGCUCAAGACUGCUUUAGAGCGCAUGCCAAGAGAUGACUAUAAAGUUGUAAUCAGAGCAGAUAAAAGACCAGCUGGAGAACAUGAACGCACAUUUAAUGCUCCAACAAUCGAUGAAAUGGCAAUCCAGAUUGUUGGUGAAUGCUUGGGAGCACGCGAUAUUGUGCUUACACGACGCAGUACUGAGCAACUACAAAGAAUAUCUGAAACGCACUGUUCAUAUGACGCUUUACAAUACCCGCUGAUGUUUUGGCAAGGAUACGAUGGAUAUCACUUUAAUAUCAAAAUGAUUAAUCAAUUGAAUGGUGAGGAAACUGCAUUACGUUCAUAA